GGGUUAGUUCCCGUCGUAUGAUAUUAUUCGCCUCUGGCAACGCCUCCUUAGGAAGAAAAACCGCAGCUUUGUGCACUCAUAACUAGGACUUCGGAAGAUGGACUUGUAGUGCUUACCAUAUAAGCCCGGGAUAAUAUAAGAGCUUGGAUUAAACAAGGAGUGAUCACCCUCGAACUGAGGGGUGAAGACCAUAAACCACAUCGAAACAUCACAUUCAGGGGAGACGAAACGAAAAACAAUGGGUUAUACACAUCGAGACAACGCGACAUUCGGCCGCUCAAGAUGGAGGAAAAGGAUACUCUUGCCAUGCUGGAUAGUCCAAAUCGGACUUCUCCUGGCAACAAUGGGAUUAUUCUCGUACCGACUAUCGCAUACGAUAAAAACAUGGAAAGACGAGGAAGAUCUGGGGAACAUACCUAUGGUGGAGUUUGUAUGGGAGGCCGUCAACGUCGCCUUUUCCUUCAUCUCCCUCCUAAUAACAUUCUACUCGAUAGCGAAAUUCAUCGCUGAGAUGUUAACGCCGCUCCCGUUGCUGUUCAGCAACAUUUUGAACCUGGCCUUCGCAUCAGCUGUACUGGCACUCGAUAUCGUGGUCUAUGUUAACCAUACCGAGAAGCAAUACUCGCUGGCGGGCUUGGCGAUAGACUGCACUCUCAUGGUCUUCACGAUCAUCCCGGCAGUGUACUCCUUUAUCAUUUACCGGCGGCUGCUAAGUUAUGAUGACUACCACAUCCCCGGGAACGUCAAGCCGUACGGCUACGCCAGCGAACCCGAAGACACAGCGUACCGUUCGUCAUGGCUCGAACCACCAGUCCCCUACGACCCCACAAACCCUGGAGCCGCAACACGGCCGCGGGCCCUCUCUGCCGCGAGCCGCCGCCUAUCCCUGUCGCUCAGCAGCCGUGCCGUCUCACCACAGAUGACGCCUCCGACCCCUGAGCCCAACCCCAUGGAGCGGCGCGAGAGCUACACCCACAAGCGCGACACCCAAUUCGACGAGUACAUGAAGCGGAGGUCGAGCGGGUACACCAAGCUCGACGUGGAACGGGCUCUCGGCGUCGAAUUCGGCUGGGAAGACAACCAGGACACGCGAGAUAGUGUAAUCAGCUCGGGAAGCGUGACGACUGCGCAAGCGCGGGCGAGAGGCGACUCUUUGUCCACGCAGCCGGCGAGCAUGGAGGCGAGCAUUAGUAGAAACAGCAGUACCAUGACGACCAACACCAACUCGACCGUAACCUUAGACGCGCCGAGCGGGAUGGUGAGGGCGCAUAGUCUGAACAGCGUGCCCGAAGCGCAGGAAGAAGAAGGCGGGCUCGCGCUGGAGAGGAAGGUGAAGGCGGACCGAGAAGCGCUUCUCAGCGGCGCCGCCGAGAGUAGAGGGAUAUCGCGGUCCAGCUCUGGGUCUAGCAGGAAAAGCGUGCGGCUGAUCGAGCAGGUGGACGGGCUGGAGGAGAUCGAACUUGAUGGUCAGAAGCCGAAGAGGAAUUUGUGAUACCCGAUGUUCGAAGAGAAAAAAAAAAAGGAAAUGAAAAUGAAAGAAAUACCCACUUGUACAAGCUAACCGCAAAUUUCGGCGUAUGUGUACAUAUAACGCGAUAUGAUCAGCCUUGAUUGUUUCUGUUUUCCCUUGAAUUUGGUGUUUCUGUAUAUAAUUUUCUGCUCUAUUCGGCCUUACAUAUUGCAUUCAAUUCACUAUUAGAUAACAAUUCUACACUUCAAG